GCUGUUGGUAAGCAGUAGCCGAUACCCAGAUCAGUGGAUUGUACCGGGUGGAGGAAUGGAACCAGAAGAAGAGCCAGGGGGAGCAGCCGUCAGAGAGGUGUAUGAAGAGGCUGGAGUUAAGGGAAAGCUAGGAAGACUGCUUGGGAUAUUUGAGCAGAACCAGGAUCGGAAGCAUAGGACAUAUGUUUAUGUUCUUACGGUGACGGAAAUACUGGAAGACUGGGAGGAUUCAGUUAAUAUAGGAAGGAAAAGAGAAUGGUUUAAAGUAGAAGAUGCAAUCAAGGUCCUUCAGUGUCACAAGCCUGUUCAUGCAGAGUACUUGGAAAAACUGAAACUGAGCUGUUCACCCACAAAUGGAAACUCUGUGGUUCCCCCUCUACCAGAUAAUAACUCCUUAUACGUCACUUCUGCACAGACUUCUGGGUUGCCCUCUACUGUGAGAUAAACAUUUGGAUUACCUUCUUAUUCAUGUCAUCACAAGGGGAGACAUCUGUGAUCACAUGUAGGCAUCUGUAUAACUGUCAAUUCUAAGUGAAAUAUGUGAAUGUGUCAUAAUGUCAAAUUUAUUUUAACAUGUUUUUCCUUUUUAACAAUGUAAAAUAGUAUUUCAGCAAACCAAAGCCAUAUAUGGAUUUUUUUAAGAUGCCUUAAUAGGCCAUUUUUUUUUAAAAAAAAAAAAAAGGAAACUUGAGUAUAUAAUUUCCAUAUCUGCUAAAAUAAAAUAUGCAUCUCAGUGGUGUUAAGCUUAUUUAAGACUUGUCAGUUUAAGUCAGUAGUUCCGCAAGAGUACUUGCUUAGAAAAAAGCUUGAGCAGAUAGUCUUCUACUAAACUCUUAUUUGGUAUCUGUGGAUGAAGCGCUAAGAUCUUAAGGUGGCACUGUUGGGGUGAGUGGGCGUGCUGAAGGCAGAGAUGCCCAAGUGUGACUCCAGUAAAGCACUAAACCACAGUCAGCCUGUGGAGAGCAGAAGGUGCCGACACUAAGCACUGCUUGCCUCAGUUAUCCAAAAGUUUGCCUUGCCCUAUGCAAUCUUCACGUAAUUUCUAACUGCAGCAAGAACACCUUCUGUCUUGCAACUACCAAACCUGCCCACUCUACUUCUGUUUCGUUACUUGGCCAGCUGAAGAAAGACUUCUGUGAAACACAUUGUAGAUCCCUUUUCCUCCACCUUUUUUUUUUUUUCUUGUAGCAUUUUGAUACGUUUUGUUCACGGUGUAAUUACAUUGUAGGUUCCAAAAACAUCUAAUCCUCAAUGAGAAGCAGCUUUACUCUGCAGUCUGUUGUAAUUUAAAAAUGUGUAGAGGAAAGCAAGACUUACCCAGGGGACACCCUUACAUUAGUGGUGUCUAUUAGCAAGCAUGGGUUGAGGUGUCUUGCCCAGCAGGACCUAGUGGUGGUACCUCCUGGGCUUGGAGAUAGGUGGGUUGAUACUUACUUAGACUAAUGGAGAAAUAAUGUUGUCUUCAGAAGGUGUUAAGUCAAUUCUUAAGUACUUAAGUUCUACAGUUUUAACACCAGUUGCUUUAGCUUCUUGAAUUAAAAGCUGUCCUCUUGAUAAAACUUAGUUGGAAUAAACGAGGUACAGCUGACACCUUCCCUGUUCUUAUUUUCUCCUCUUUUCAGCCAAAAAGAUGAAAACUAAAUCCACUGUUGGUCUUAAUGUUUUUACCAUGGGAUUACUCUCUCCUGUGUAUGUGUGUGUGUAUGGUUUCUUCUACAAGAACACAAUCUAAUUCAUAUGAACAUCCUAAUUCUGAAUUUUUUCUAGGAUCUAAACCCAACUGUACCUCCUCUAUAGCCAGCCAAACCAGAGGUUGAGGUAGACCAUUACCUCACAUGUGAAGUUUAUUCUGGGUAAAGCUCAUUCUCUUACACCUUUGAACCUUUGUAAAUAGUCCAACUAGUAAAUAGUGAGUGUAAAAUGGAAAAUAAAUGUAAUUUAAACCUUUUGUUACUCAAUACGCAAAUGGUUAACUUCUACUUUUUUAACACAAAUUGUGUAAAAUGCUGCUAUAAAUUAAACUUUUUUGUGCUGUUACACUUUUUUAGGAGAAACAAAAAUGUUGUUGCCACAAGUUACUCCUUAGAAAACCAAUCUUGUGCCAUAUGUAAAUGCAUUGAAACUAAAGAGACAGAUGAUCUGAUCUGGUAACACUGCUCUCUUUGAAGAGGCAAAAAUACUACUGAGAAGAGGCGUGAGCCACAAAGCUGAAGACUUCUGCAAUGUUGGGUAGGGUGCCGCUCUUCCAUCCCUGCCUCUCCUCUUCCAGGUCACUUCCAGAACUGGAAAGACACAGGGGCACCUAAAGGUGGAAGUAUUGCCAACAGCUUGUCAUCCUUCCAGUCAUGAGGAACUGGGGAAGGAGUGUAGGUAUUUCAGUGGUGUGCACAUGUGUGUCUGCAUGUACUUUACACUGAACCCCAUCUAGACGGGGACACCACUUGCUCAGCUCACUUCUUUAAACUGAAUGGUCUAUCAAAAGCACUGUUUUGGCCAGGCAAACCAGAAGAAGGUGGAGCUGAGCACAUAUGAAGAAUGUCUGAUCUUCGUUAAAAUCACCCCCCCCAGCCUGUAAGGGUACUUCUGGCUUGACAGCUGCCUUUAAAGGACUGAGUAACUUGGCUCCCUUUUUUGAUCACUUUGAUGCUCGCUUUUUGUUCAGUAGUCAUUUUAACACUUUAAAUUGAGCAAACUUGUACAGGCUUUCUUGUAACAAGAUUAAAUAGAAUCUGUGAAAGCUAAAACAAGAAUCCAGAGUUUGAGUUCUUAUUCAUAAAAAAAGCUUCUGUCUCAGUUUCAGAUUCUUGGAAUGAAACCAAUCCAAGCUUGUAUGAGAUUUAGUGGUAAUGCAUGAUCUUAUUUUGUAACUCUUGAAUUAUGUAUUUGAUAAUAAUGUAAAAAUGUACAGUAUUGCUGUUGCUAACAAACUCAGAGUUGAUUGCCUAUAAA